GUCCAUCGUCUGACCUCUCUAUCGCGGGCCAACGCUUAAACAGCCAUGGCGCCGCCGCCGUCAUCGACAGCGACGACAUCUGUCCAAGUCGCGCUCCGAAUCCGGCCCACCACCUCAGCGGACACUGCGUCGAUACCCGCCCGUUUCCAGAGGACUGUCAUUCACGCCGCAGGCCCAACCAACGUCUCCGUCGAUGCCUCCUCCGCACCCUCAACCGCAACCGGCGCAGCUACUGCCGUUUCCUCUACCUCAGCAUCCGGUCCUGGCGGCAAAAAGCAAGUCUUUGCUUUCGACCAGGUCCUUUCUCCCUCGGCCACACAACAUGACAUCUUCCAGAGCACCGCACGCCCACUCAUUAACCGCUUCCUCGAGGGCUUCAACUGCACUAUCCUCGCCUACGGCCAAACUAGCUCAGGAAAGACCUUCACCAUGACCGGUAUUGACCUCGACCAGAACCCCAACGACCCAAGCAACGGCAUGGGCAUCAUACCUCGAGCCGUCUCUACCAUCUUUUCUGAGGCGAAGAGGCGCAGGGACGAGAAGGCUGGAAACUGGAACUAUAACAUCAAGGGCUCUUUCGUCGAACUAUACAACGAAGACCUCAUAGAUUUGUUAGCCUCGGACGCGUCUGGUGGGAAGAAGGAGGUCCAAAUUCGCGAGGGAAAGGACGGAUCCAUCAUCUGGGGUGGCCUGCGCGAGGUGAACGUGAAGAGCAGUGGUGAGGUCAUGGGUCUCAUUCGCCAGGGCACGGCUAUCCGGCGGACGAACGAGACGGACAUGAACGCGCAGUCGUCGCGGUCACAUGCCAUCUUCUCGCUCACCCUUACCCAGAAGAAGUUUGUCGGGUCCGGCCCACCGCCCCGAUCAUCAUCGCCCCUACCACCCACCGGACGCUCGCCCUCACGCCUUGCUCGUCCAGGCUCGAUGAUGGUUAGCAGUCCCAAUGGCAGAGUUUCCUCCCCUACCUUCGGUCGUCCAUCAACUCCCUCUUCAUUCUCGUCUGGGCUUGCGCGACCAAGUGGCGGUCUUCGACCAGCAAGCUCGCUCGGUGUGCGCAGCGACAGCAAGCAAGCCAAUGACGAUGAGGAGGGCGAUUGGGUCACUGUCGUGUCGAAAUUCCAUUUCGUCGACUUGGCAGGCUCGGAACGCCUCAAACGUACCGCUGCUGCAGGCGAGCGUAUCAAGGAGGGUAUCUCCAUCAACAGCGGUCUGCUAGCCCUCGGCAACGUCAUUUCCGCCCUUGGUGAUCCCGCUCGCGCGAAGUCACAUACUGCAACGCACGUCCCCUACCGUGACUCCAAGCUCACCCGCCUGCUUCAGGAUUCGCUCGGUGGGAAUGCGCAUACGCUCAUGAUCGCGUGUGUGAGUCCGACGGAGUGGAACGUGGGCGAGACGGUGAACACGCUCAAGUAUGCGAACCGCGCACGGAAUAUCAAGAACCGUGCGGUCGUGAACGAGAAGGAGGAAGGCUGGGAAGACGUCGAGUGGCUCCAGAACACCGUGACGCGCCUCCGCAAGGAGCUCAAAGGGAUCAAGAGCGGCGACGUUAUCGAGGCGACGGCCACUGCGCCCUCGUCGGGGCCUUCUUUAAUAGUGCGCGAGCCGUCGGAUAAUGGCGUGUCGAAGAAGAUGCUUGCGCAGAUGACGGAGCUGCAGAACAACUACGAGAGUCUCCGCGAGAAGUACUCGAGCAGGACGGAGGAGCUGGCGCGGUUGAGGCGGGAGCUUGGGGAGCACCACCGGUCGGAUUCGCAAGGCGCUACGGGUGGGACUGCUAAGUACGAGGAGAUUGUCGGGCCGGUGAUCGAGGAGUACGAGAAGACCAUCAACACGAUGGAGGCGGAGCUUGGACUCAAUCGUGCUGCGUUGCGCAUGACGAACACACUCGUGGAGGAGAAGGAGGAGGAACUUGCUCAGAUGGCCGAGCGACAUUCUGCGACGGAGCUUUAUCUCGAGGAGCUGCGAUCGAGGCUUGCUAAGUUGACGGAACGCGAGGCAUCGACUGAGGCGUAUGUGCGCGAUCUGGAGGAGAAGGUCAAAUCGUACGACGAGAACUCGACGUCAUCAAACUCGUCGCUCGUCGAUCUCAAACGGGAGCUCGCACGGUACAAGGACGCGGAGGCUCACUCGACGACUUACAUUGCCGACCUCGAGGCGAAGCUUGCGCGCUCGGAUGAAUCUGUUGUUUCGUUGCAGCAGAAGGUUGAGCAGCUCGAAAGUGAGUGCGACCGGCGGCGCAGCGAGGCGGAGGCGUUGGAGGAGCGCCUUGCUCGGCUGGACGAAGACAGUGUCGCGUGGAGGUCGGAGCUCGAGCAGCGCGAGCGGAAAGUGAAGGAGCUCGAGCAGCGGAUGGAGGAGUGGGAGCGGAAGAAGAAGGAGGCAAACGAGGAUCGCGAACGGCUUAAUGGCAUCAACAGCGAGGUCGAGCAAGCCCGUCGUAGCCUCGAAGGCACUCAGAAGGUCAACGGCAGCCGCCGCCGCCGCCCAAGCGCGUCUGGCGCAACCACGCCCACUUCCUCCGAACCUGAGCCUGACCGCGACGCCGACGGCUCAAUAGUAGAUCAACUCUCCGCGCUGCAGCAGACGCACGCGGCGACGCUCGCGGACCUGUCGGGCGUCACAGCCAAGUACCGCGACGCGCUGCGCGAGAUCUCGGACCUCGCCGCGCAGCUGCAGGAGGCGAAGCUCGCGAACCCGACGAUCCCGGAGAGCCCGUUCUCGGAGAAGACGCUGGAGACACCGCCGUUCCGGCGCCGGCUGACGAGUCCCAAGACGCCCGUCGAGAUAUCCGAGAACGCGGGCCGCCGCCUUUUUUUCCGGCAGGCGACCUCCGCGGAGUCUCUCCACGCGAGGUCGCUCUCGCAGUCGCAAUCGCUCUCGCAGGAGCUCUCGUCGGCUCGCUCACGCAAAAGCUCUGCCAACAGUAACAGUAACGGCAAUGGCAACGGCAAUGGCAGUUUGCAUAGCCACAGCGCGUCUACGUCGAGCUCCGUCUCGGGCUCGCCGUCGAUGCCGCACCACCGCCCGAACCUGUCUAUUUCGCUCGCGGGGCUGAUGAACGGCGGCGGCCCGCAGGCGGGGCCGGAGCAGCGCUCGCACUCGAGCAUGGAGAAGGAGAUUAUGCGGCUGCAGGAGGUGCUGCGCGAGCGCGAGGCGGAGAUCACGGGGCUGGAGGCGUCGGUGCGCGAGAAGGACCGUGCGUUGUCGUUGAAGGCGGCGGCGCCGGUUGUUGAGACGAUUCCUGAGACGCCCGCGGCGGAGGCGCAGGCGGAUAAUGUGUCGCAUUUGUCGCCUGCGACGAUGGCGAGGUUUAAGGCGGUGAGGAGGAGCAUGCAGUUGCAUGGGAUUGGGCCUGGGGAGCUGCACGAGGUUAAUGGGAAGCAGGAGGCGGAGAGCGAGGAGAGCGAGGAGGAUGUGGACAAGUCGCUGGAGAGGCUCAAUGAGCUCAUGCUGUCCAUGGCGCAGAAAGAGUCACAACACAAGGAACAGGUCGACAAGCUCGAGUCCGAGCUGGCCCAAGUACGGCGGUCGCAUGAUACGCUCACGACGCUGUCUCGCGAUCAGACUCUGAAUAUGUCUAAUGAGCUAGAAGGCCUCCGGUCGAAGCAUGAAGAUACCACGCUCCAGCUCGAACAAGCUCGGGCUAAGGAGACCGAGUUGCUAGAGAGCAUUGAGAAGGCCAAGGCUGAAUAUGCCGCCGCCGUUGAAGCGCUGAAGGGCGAACAUGCAGAGGCUUUAAAUUCCAAAGGCGAGGAGGUCGACGCGCUUAUGGCCAAGCUCAAGGAAGAGAACGAGUCUGCCGUUACCUCCCUCCGUGCCGAGCUCUCCGAAGCAUCAUCCGCCCUCGAAAAGGCUCGCCAGGAGCACGAAGAGGCGUUUGGCAAGCUGCAGAAGGAGCACGAGGAGGCACUCGAGCGCCGCUCGCGGGAGGCCAAGGAGCUGCUCGAGUCCACCGUCAAGGAACACACCGCCGCACUCGAGAAGGCCUCCGCCGAGCACGCGGAGGCGCUCAGGGCCAAGGACGAGCAGAUCAGCACGGACAUCAGCCGGCUCGAGGAGGAGUACUACAACGCGCUCACCAAGCUGCGCACGGACCACGGCGAGGCGACGCAGAAGCAGGCGGCCGAGUCCGCGGCGGCGCUCGAGCGGCUCAGGGAGGACCACGCGGCGGCGCUGCGUAUGGCGGAGAGGGCGCGGGACGCGUCGGUGUCGGAGUCGCAGAGCACACGGGACGCGGCGCUGACGGCGCUGCAGGAGGAGCAUGCGGCGGCUGUUGCGCGCAAGGAGGCGGAGGCGGCGGAGGACGUGGAGAGGCUCCGCGCGGAGCAUGCCAAAGUGCUCGCGGGCAGGGAGGAGGAUUAUCGUGUGCGCCGGGAGAAUUUGAAGAAGGAGCAUGGGCAGCAGCUUGCGAUUCUACGGGAGGAGUCGGAGGAUAAGGCGGAGAAGAUGGGCGCGGAGAUUGCGAAGCUUGCGGAGGAGGCGAAAGCAGAGAAGGCGAGGGCGGAGGAGGAGCAUGGGGCGGCGGUGCAGGCGCUCAAGGAGCAGCAGGCGGUUGUUCUUCAGGAGGUUGCGAAGGGACACGAGGACGAGGUCGCGAAGCUCACGGGCGAGCAUGAGGCUGCGCUCAAGAGUGCCGCUGCGAAGGCAGACGAGGAGCGGAUGGGGUUGCUGGCUUCGCACGCCGAGGAAAUCUCCAGGCUCAAUGGGGAGCACGAGGCGGCGCUGGCGGAGGCGCAAGCUGCUCUUGCUGCUGCUCAAGACGAGCUGCAAGCUGCUGGUAUCAAGAGCGACGAGGAACGUGCUGCCCUGCUUGCUUCUCACGAGGAAGAGAUGACGAAGCUCAAGACGACUCACGAAACCGCGCUGGCAGAGGUUCAGGCCUCGCUUGCAGCAGCGCGCGACGAACACUCGAGUGCUGGGAGCAACUUUGAAGAAGAACGCACCUCACUGGUUGCUUCACACUCGGAGGAGAUUGCCAAGCUCAAGGCCGAGCACGAGAGCGUGAUCGCAGAAGUUCAAGCUACGCUCAUCGCUACUCAGGACCAACACCAGACAGAUCUCGAAACCUCACGCGAGACGAGCGAGCGCCACUUCACCGAGGAGCAGGAACACCUCACGUCGACGAUUGCCGAGCUCGAGAAGCAGCAUUCCCAGGAACGCGAGACGCUCCGCAAGGGCCACGAUCUUCUCGCUGAGGAGCUCGCCAAGUACAAGGCGGAGGCCGAGGACGAGCGAGCGAAGAACGAACGGUUGCUCGCGGAGAUGAAGGAUGCGUCGUCGAUGUCGGAGCGCGAGCUCGUGGAGAAGCAUGCUGCGGAGCUCAAGGCGGCGCAUGAUGAACGCGACGCGCUGGCUCAGGAGGUCGAGUCGCACAAGGCUGCGAAUCACGAGUUUUUGGACGCCAAGGUCGCGCACGAGCGGACGCUCACAGAGAUGGAGCAUGCGCUGGCCGAUGCGAAUGCUCAGAAGGGCGCGUUCGCGAGCGAGGUCGAGGCGCUCAGGGCCGAGCUCGAGAGGACCCGGACGGAGCAGGCGCAGCUCGUGGAGGAGGCGUCGAAGCGCGAGUCGCUCGUCGGCGAGCUGGAGAAGCACCGCUCUGUGCUCGCGGAGGCACAGGAGAACCUGCAGAAGGCCAAGGACGAGAAGGACAAUGUGCAGGCGGAGAAAAUGAAGCAGGAGGAGCUCGUGCGCGAUCUGCAGGCGCAGCUCCAGCGUGCGUCUGUCGUGCCUGACGGCGUGCCCGCCGUACAGAGCCAGGGCCAGGGCCCGAGCCCGACGUCCCGCGCGUUCAGCCGCGUCAGCGGCGCGAACAAGCUGCCUCCACCCACGCCCCCUCCCUCUGUGCCUCCACCGCCAGCACCCACGGCGCCGCCGCCGGUGCACAAGGCGGACUCGCAGUUUAGCAUUUCGACGCAGUCGUCGUCGAUCGUGUCGCCGUCGGUGUCCAAGGAGUCGUCAUCGGGCCAGUACGAGACGCCUGCGACGUCUGUCGCGUCGAUUACGCUACCUGGGGGCCAGACGGUUGCGAUGUCGGAUGCAAAGGCGAUCGCGGCGAAGAUCGAUGACCAGGGCAAGUACAUUGCGGAGCAGGAGGUGAUGAUCAAGACGCUGAACAAGCAGCUGUCGCACUGCGAGAGCGAUCUGGCUGCGCACAUGGACCUCGUGGGCACGCUGGAGACGUCGUUGGGGGAUUCGGAGAAGAACUUGAAGAAAGUGCGGCUACAGACGAGCGAGCUUGCGCGCGAGCGUGACUCGUUGCACCACCAGGUGGAGACGCUACGCGGGGAGCUAGAGAACUCGCGAAAGGAGGUGGAGAACGCGCGGCGGUCGAUCGCUGAGGAGAAGCACUCGUACGAGGCGCGGCUCGACGAAGAGCGGCGGGCGAAGGAGCGAGCGCGGGCACAGCUGGACUCGAGGAUGGAGGAGGUGCAGAAACGCAAAUCCAAGUUUGCGUGUCUGUGAUCGUCCGCAGUCUGUUGUCGUCGAUCUCUGCUUGUCGUCGGUUGUCAAUGUGCCGCUGUUGGCCGAUCGGUUGUGCUGUCACAGCUUUGCCCCGCUGUCGGUUUUAGUGCCGGGGGAUUCGUCCGCCGUUCCAAGCUUCCGUCGCGCGGUCGUGGCCGCAGUCCAUCGAUUUCGAUUUUCAUCUUUUCAUCUCUCUCAUCAGCCACGCAUGUCCCGUCCGCCGGUGUUACCAAUGCCAUCGACCCCUGGACCUGGCCAGGGUCGGGGGGCUGGCAUACCCCUUCCGCUCGUUGAUCUAUUAUCUUAUAUCCUCGGCGCCGGUCGAAAAUGUGUAGGUUCUCCAGUCUAGAGGUUGUGGUUCUACGUAUAUGUUCCUCUCGUUUUGUGAUACCCAUCUCUCCCUCUCUCUCUCAGUUAUUGAAAUCGCUUUAUUAUGCACGUUCCUUCAGACUUGGCUAGCUAGUUAUUAUGCAUGUUAUAAUACUAUACACAUCUUUUUUCGUUCUUUGUUAUUUUGAUUUUGAUUUUUGGAUGGACG